AAAAAAUCAAAUAAGAAAUUCAACCAACCCUAAACUGAUGCAUGAUGAUACAGCAGGAUUACUCCCAUCCUCUCAAGCCCUAGCGGCCACCUUCAUCCCCGUGCUCUCCGUUGGCCAGAGGUCGCUGUGGCCGGCCGGCAUCAUCACAGCUGCCGUCGCUCACCUCGCCGCUGUCCCUCACCGAGCUCACGUGGCUCCCACUUCUCUCCUCGCCGGUUCGCCUCUCCGGUCUCCGGCCUCUGCUUACCUCACCGUCCCUCACCUUCCUCCCUCGUCGUCUCUCUGCUAUAUGUGUGAAGGCUAAAGGGGAGGAAGAUGAAGACAAUUUCUGGAUAUUGUGUUUCGUCGAAGGAUAUUUCACUGUCGAAAGCUGCAAAAAUUCUAUCGAAGUUUGUCUCUGCUGAUAACGGUGCCUCACAUGCCAUUAAUGCAUAUCUCCACAGGGCCUCUGCUGCUUUCGGUGAGCUGAAGCAGCUCCACAAGGAGGUUAAAUCUUCCCACUCACAUAAGAAGAAGCACAAGAGACCUGGAACUGAAGAGGAUAAUGUUGACAAUGGGAGAGUGGUUGGGAGAGUGGUUGAAAAUUCUGUCGGGAAGGCCGAGCUGACCCAUGAUGGUAGUGCAGUGUCUAAGAAGUUCAAGAGGCGUCUUGAAAAGAAUGAUGAUGCGAAUGAUGAGAAAUCGACUCAAACCGCUGUUGAACUCAAUCUAGAACUUAAUGGUUCUUUAAGGGAACAUUCAGGAAAUUCUGACCGCACUGAGAAGCAUAAAAGCAAGAAGCAGAAAAUAUGAGUUCAGAGGUUGAGUUAUGUGAUCCUCCUCGUUAGAAUUUGAUGGAUUCAUAUAAACAUAGCUAUGCAAUUUUGACCAAGAAAUACUUUUGUUCUAGAUCACAACCCCAUAGAUGAAUGCUAACAGGCUACUUGGCUUCAAAGAUUGUUUAUUACCAAAAUGAUUGGAGCUUGUGUUAUGAAUUGUUUGAGAGCUCCUUUGAUGUACCCUUUGUAUGAAUAGUAGUCAUUCCAGUUCUAAAAUGUCAUUAUAGUGCAAAAUACUAAAGAGGUAUUCUGAUUUU